AGUACACCCUCAGCAUCCCUGGUGGUGGUUUCGCGCGCGUCAAUUUACCCUGUUUCGCUCACUGGAACAACGAAAAAGCAUGUUGAAUGAAAUAAUUAAUUUAUAAAAAUAUAAUUUAAAAAAUAUUAAUACAUAUAUUAAUACAUACACAUAGUGUUUUUUUUUGUUUUUUUUUUUUUUUUUUUAAAUUAAAAAAUUUACAUUAUUUAAUUUUAUAAUAAAAAAAAAUAAAAAAAAAAGAAAAAAAAAUUUUUUAUCAUUUAUUUUCAAAAAUUUAUGUUUUUUGUUUUCAACAUAAAAUAUUAUUUUUUUAUUUAAAUUUUUUUUUUUUUUUUAUUCAAUGAUUUUUAAUUUGAUUUAUUGUGCAAAUAUUUUGGAUAUUUUAACGACUUUUGAGGCCUCAGGCUGAUUUGAUUGUAAAUUUUUGUGAAAAAAGUGAUAAAGUGAAAUUUAAAAAAAAAAAAAGAAUAAAUAAAUUAUGGCUUAGUGAUUAUUUUUUAAAAUUUAAUUAUUUUUUGUUUUAAUUAAAAUUGAUUAGUGUAAAAUUGAGUGAUGUUAAUGAUAAAUGUGAUUCAACGAUAAUAUAAUUUGACAAAUGAGAAGAAUAGUAUUAUUUUUAUUGUCGUGUUAUUGAAUUUGAUGACAAUAAUGAUAAUACGUGUUUGUGUUAGUGAUUAUUAUCAAGUGAAUUUGUGGAAAAUUUUCUUUGAUACUGCAAUAUUAUAAAUGGAAAUACAGUAUCACUCAGUGUGCUUUAUAAUUAACAAAAUCAGUUUGGGUACAAGUGAUUAAUGAAUAAUAAUGUUAAUUAACAACUAAUAAUAUUAAUAAAUUAAAUAAUAUUUAAAACUGGAAUAAAGGAAAAUUAUUUAUCAAGUGGAUAAAGUGUGCAGUUUGGUGGAGCCCAGUUUAUCAUCAGCAAAUCGUUUCAUCAACGAGAAAAACUGGGUGACUCAUGGCUGAGUGAAAAAAUAAAACCAACAUGGCUAGGAUAACGUUAUUUGGUGUCUUACUGGCGAUGUUUGGAGGAACACAAGUUUUGAGAGCUGAACCUUCAGCUAUGCCAACAAUUAGAAGCAUCAUUGGUGGAUCCAGUUUGUCAAGUGUUGUUUCAGGAAAUAGCAAACCAACAAGAUCGUGGGAUAAGCCGUAUUUUGAUGACAUUAGUCACAAAAAUGUUACUGCAAUUGUCGGUCAAAAAGCUGUGUUAACUUGUUUUGUUAAACAUCCAGGAAAUCGAACGAUAUCAUGGAUGAGAAUGCGAGACAUGCAUAUACUUACAUCAUCGACAAUAACAUAUACAGGUGAUGCAAGAUUUUCUGUAAAACAUCCAGAAGGUAGUGAUGAAUGGAGAUUAACAAUAAAUUAUGUACAACCAAGAGAUGCUGGACUAUACGAGUGUCAAGUUAACACUGAGCCAAAAAUGAAAUUGGCAUUUGCACUUAGAGUCGAAGCGGCACAAGCUAAAAUCCUUGGUGCUGAAGACGUGUACGUUAAGAAAGGAAGCACCAUAAGCCUCACGUGCACUGUAAACGUGCAAAGCACACCACCAAGUAGUGUCACGUGGCAUCAUGGAAGUUCCAUUGUGGAUUUCGACAGUCCAAGGGGUGGUGUAUCAUUGGAAACAGAAAAAACUGAAAGUGGAACAACAAGUAAACUUUUAGUGACGCAGGCAAGAUCUAGUGACAGUGGAAAUUAUACCUGCAUACCAAGUAAUGCAAAUCCUGCAAGUGUAAUGGUUCACGUACUCAAUGGUGAACAUCCAGCGGCAAUGCAACAUGGAGGCAGCUGUGGUGUUACACCAAAAAUAUUAAUGGCAAUUAUAACUCUACUCAUUGCUAAUUUGCUUAGAUGAGCUAACAUAUUGGAGACAUAAAAGGCCUAAUUAUUUACCAUCAAAGUACGGUUCUAAACAACCCAUAAAAUCAUAAAUAAAUUUUUUUUUUUCUAAUAUUUCAAAAGGUAUUAAAAUGCAAGAAAAAAAUAAUAAAUAAAUCACUGAUUUAUUGCAUCGAUAUAUAAAAAAAAUUAAAACAAUCGAUUAAUAAUAUUAUUGAACUGAAAAAGGGAAAUAAAUUGUAUGUUUUUUUUUGUUUUUUAAUUAAAUUGAUGAAUGAAAAAAUAAAUAUAGUUAUUCAACAUUGAAACUAGAUAAACAUACUGCAACGAGUAUCAAAAGGUGUCAAAGUCUUGAGAUAAAUAUAUACCUUGAUGAUAAAUUUGACAAUGUAUAUGUAAAGAAACAUCAAAAUAAAUGGUACGUGAGUUUAUGAUAAAAUUAUCAGUAGAAUAAUUAAAUUAAUUUGUGAUGUACAGUAUAAUUAUAUUGUAUUUUAAUUGAGAGCAAAUGAAAUGUGAUUGGUCGGUGUGUGUGUGAGUGUGAAAAUAUAAAUAAUGAAAUUAAAUAUAGUAUAUAUAUAUAAAUAUUUAAAUCAACAGAAAUGGGCCAAGUUGUGGUUAAAGGUAAAAUCCAUCAACUGUUGACGAGACAAAUUAUGAAAAUAACAUUUGUCAAAAAAAAAAAAAAAUACAAAUUAAUCGUAAAAAUAUUUCUUCAAAUAUACAACGAGAUGCUGAAUUUCAGUAAGUUUUAAAUAUUCUGAUAUAAAAAUUCACACACUUUUUACAUUCCAGAUAUUUACUGGUUAAAAGAGAAAAAAAAAAACGUAAACUUUUGCUGUAAAAAAAUAAAUAAAUAAAUGAAAAAAAAAAAGAUUAAAUAAAUACAUUUAUAAGGACAAGUUAUGAAGAGAAAAAGCACGAGGGAAUAAAAGUAUAGCUGUGCGAUAAUAAAAAGUUAUCUACUGAGCGUGGAGACUAUCCACAUCUUCAUUAUAUCCCACUAUUUUCAUUAUACUUAUAAAAAAUUUUUUUAGAUAUUUUUUAAUUUUACUUUCGUUAUUAUAAAUUUUUUUUUUUUUGAUAAUUAUAUUUUUAGCUAAAUUUUCUUAGUUUUUUUUUUCAACAAAAUCAAAAUUUCAGAUCGCUGCUCAAUUAUGAGAUUUGUUUUUAAUUAAUAAUAAAAGCAUACAAUCAAAUUUUUUAAAAUAUUUUUUCUACUUUAAUCAUUUUCAAGUGGCAUUAAAUAUAAAUUCUAUCUGCUGUAAAACGAAAAUUAAACAAACAAACUAGAGCAUGUAUAAUAAAUAAUUAUAAAUGAAAAUUUGAAUAAUUAUUUAUUCAUUAUUAAUUGAAAUAAUAAAUAAAUAAAUGAAAUAUUACCACGAGUUGAUAUUUCAGUAAUGUAAACAAAAAUAAAAAAAAGCUCGUUAUCAUUAUUAUAGUUUAAAAUUAAUUUAUUAUUCAAAUAUUGAAGAUACAAUUACACGAGCAACAACAAGAAAAUACAAACAACAUAAAUUAUUAAAAUUUAAAAAAUAAAAAAUUAUAUAUUAAUAACAACAGCCAUUAUUUACCGAUAUUUAAUAGCCAAAUAUUUAUAAAAAUAGCUCGUUAAUUUGACGAAUGAAAAAAUAUAAAAUAAACAAAUUAAUUAAUUAAUUAAUAUUGCUAAAAAAUAAAUGCAAUAUUGUUAAUAAUUAUUGGCUGUUUAAAAUUUAAAAAAUUAAAAAAAAAAAAAAACAUUAACACGUUACUUUUAGAAUGUAUAGAUUUUUUAUAAAUAUAAAAUGAAAUUUAAAAAAUAAAAAAAUUUACGCACUUUGACGAGCUGACAUUUGAAGACCGGUAAAGUUUAAAGAUGAAAAUAUAUAUAUAAUAUAAAUAAAUAUAUAUAUAAAAUAAAAAAUAAAAAGUGAGCGGCGAUUCUAAUCAAAUUAAAUUUAUAAAAAUAUUAUUUAAUUCCAUAUAGUUUAUAAAUAUGAUGUAAAUCAACGUGAGGCGGUGUAAUUAAUAAUUUUUAAAAAAACAUUUGACAACUAACACAUAUUAAUUUUGACAGAUUUAAAAAACAAUAAAAUUAUUUAUUAUUUAUAAAAAGAAAAUAGAUAAAAAUAAUAUUAAAACGCGGGAUAAUAAAUUUCAAUUUUAUUAUAUUUUUAAUUUAAAAAUAAAGUCAAUCUUUUCGUUUAUUAUUAUUUUUAACUUGAUGACAAAAUAACAAGACAUCUACUGACAUUAAUGGCAUUCAAUUGAUCAAAAUCCCAGCAAAUAAGAAAAUAACAAAAAUAAAAAAAAAAAAAAGAGACUGAG